AUGGCAUCCGCUUCGUUGUCGCAAGAACCGGCGCGAUGGCGCUCCUCGUCGGCCUUUAUUGUCGCUACUAUGGCCAUGGCUCUUUUUACGGAUACCUUCCUUUAUACCUUCAUCGUGCCAAUCCUACCUUAUAUGAGCGAAGUCCGCAUCGGCUUGGACCCUGAUAACACCCAGCGCAUGAGUUUUGCGCUGCUGUCCCAGAGCGCCUUGAUUUCCGUCAUCGUCAGCCCUUUUAUCGGUCACUAUGCGGAUAAGUCCGGUACCAAGCGGGUGUGGCUGUUGUCCUCUUUGGUCGUUUGCCUAAUCGGGACUUUCGCUUUGGCCGUAUCAAUGUCUGUGGUGACCGUCUUUACCGGCCGAUUGGUCCAGGCGCUGGCUAGCUCCGUUAUGUGGGUGAUAGGAUUCUCGACAAUCGCGGAUAAUAUCAAGCAGGAGAAUCUGGGCAAGGUUUACGGGCUUAUUUCUGUCGCGGUAGCCGUGGGCACAUCCGCUGGUCCGAUGUUGUCUGGUAUUCUCUUUGAUCUUGGAGGAUACUGGGUGGCUUGGUCGAGCGCGUUUGUUGUUAUCGUGAUUGACAUUGUUCUCCGAUUGUUGAUGUUGGAGCGACCGAAAGACAAGUGCAAGGGACCUGAUGCAGACGACCUUCCGGAUCCCGAAAAUGCGCCUCUUCUCCAACCGCAACCGUCUGAGGUGGUACCCAUUGAGCUCAGGAUGCGAGAGCGAACCGGUCUACGAUUCUAUAUCACCCUUUUCCAACAUCGCAAAUUUGUUGCCGGAGCAGUCAGCUACUUCGUUUUUGCCAUUUUGACCGCCAGCUUCGACACUACACUCCCUCUCCACGUUCGUGAUGUAUUCAGCUGGGGCAGUACGCAAACCGGGUUGCUUUUCGUGGCUCUUCAGAGUCCCGGUAUCCCCCUCAGUCCGAUAGUGGGCUGGGUCAAAGAUCGUCUGGGAACGCGCCGCCCAAUUACGAUUGGAUUUCUGGUGCUAACACCUUUGACUUGGCUGCUUGGUGUUCCGGGUGACGAGCGAUUCCCCUGGGCCAACGAAGGUUAUCGAGGACAUAUCAUUUAUUCAGUCACCGUGGCCUUGAUUGGAAUAACGAUCUGCGCCUUGAAUGGAGCAGGGACCAUGGAAGCUACCAUGGCCGUCGACGAAAUCGAAUCCAAACAACCGGGCAUAUUCGGACCCAAUGGCGGAUACUCGCGUGCCUUGUCGAUUUCUAGUAUGGGCUGGACGCUUGGAUCGUUCAUUGGGCCUCUACUAUCUGGAGUUUUGGUAGAACAAGGUAGCUAUUUCGCAAUGUGCUGUGCUCUCGCGGCUAUAUGCUUGGCUUCAGCGCUCAACGCUUAUAUGAAUCUGGGCACAACCUGGGAUCCUGGCGAAGAAGACCAAGAACAGUCUUAA